AUGUUAUCUUCUCAGUGGCGCAUUACGGAAGUUCAAGCACAUGAGAAUGAUUUAGCAGAUGAUGUUGGGCUCAAUCAGAAAUCAUCUUUUGAUUUGAUGACCAGACAAGCCGGGGUAAGAGAUGGAAUUGGUUACACUAUCUUAGACGCUAAGAAUUAUCUUCGAUCUAAGAGACAAAGAAGCAUGGUAUAUGAUGAAGCCGAUGGUGCAAGAAUGCUGAUUGAUUAUGAGUACUUUGGCGAUGUUGUGUCAUUGGAUACCACAUAUUGUACAAAUCGUGAUAAUAGACCACUUGCUGUAUUCUCAGGUUUCAAUCAUCAUAGAAGAGUUGUCAUAUUUGGUGCAUCACUUUUGUAUGAUAAAACAAUAGCAUCAUUUAAAUGGUUGUUUGAAACUUUUUUGGAGGUACACAAACAUAAAAGGCAUCUCACUGUCUUCACCGACCAAGAUCUAGCUAUGGCAAAAGCCUUGCAUGAGGUAAUGCCAGAGACAUUUCACGGGUUAUGCACUUGGCAUUUAAUGCAAAAUGGAAUCAAGCAUCUGGGAAACCUCAUGAAGGAAGGAUCGUAUUUCUUGAUAGAUUUUAAGAGGUGUAUGUUUGGCUUUGAGGAUGAAAUCAAGUUUGAAGAGGCUUGGAGCAACUUAUUGACACAAUAUAAUCUUCAAGACAGCACAUGGUUGAAGCAACUAUAUAGUGUAAAGGCAAAAUGGGCACGAUGCUAUAUAAAAGCCUUCACGAUUGCUGCAUAUAUAAUGCAUAAAGAUGGAAGGAGAUCAUUAUUUGAAUAUGUUAUUGGGCUAAUUGAUCAUGAUAGGGAAUGGAGGGUGACCUAUGAUCCCAAUACUAAGAUGAUUCACUGUAGUUGUCGAACGUUUGAGAUGGUUGGAUUAAUAUGUUGUCAUUUUGUGAAAGUGUUUGAUGUGCUAGAUGUGAAGUUGCUUCCAGAGACUUAUAUUCUUAAGAAUUGGACUAAAGAAGCUAGAAGUGGUGUAGUACGUGACUAUACAGGCAAUGUAGUUGAAGAAGAUUCUAAAUUACAAUGUACUGAGUGGUAUCAGAGACUAUGUCAAAUGCUUAUAAGGUUGGCUAAUGAAGCUUCUGUCCAUCAAUCCACUUUCUCCUUAGUGCAUGAAACAAUGCAUGAUCUAUAUAAAAAGGUGAUGGAAAUCCGUUCAAGAGAUUAG